AUGGCGACCCAGAAGAAGACCCUCGACAAUCUCAAGAACAAGAAGCUCUUGAAGCACACCGGCCUGAUCAACGGAGAAUGGAUCGAAUCUACAUCUGGCAAGGCGACUUUCGAUGUCAUCGACCCAGCCACUCUCGACAAGCUUGCCACGCUUCCUGAGAUGGAUAAGACUGAUGUAGCGAAGGCCGUCGAUGCAGCAUACGAGGCGUUCAAGACGUGGAAGAAGACGACUGCUCGUGAGCGACCACGAAUGUUGAGGAAAUGGAGCGAUCUCUGGCAUGGUGAGUUGAGAUCUGUUGCAUUGCGUGCGAGGGCCGGUGACAAAGUUGAUUGCCGCCGAGCGCUUCGACUACCUAUCGAGACACAGGCCGUUGCUUCAACACUCUGGCAUGUAGCCGAGCAGCGAGGUCCGAUUGCUGCAGUCGAGGGUAUAGCACGUGGACGUAUGUUCAAUCUACGGAUGACCACGAAGGCCAUGCUUAUAAACGUAGCCAACUAG